AUGGCCGCCGAAUCGAGCUCGGUGGCGGCGACCAGGAGGCGCGGUGAUGAGCCGCGACCGAUUACGUGCCCGAAUUGUCAUCGUCAUAAGGUAGUAAAGUGUCGUUCGAAGCAGCCUUGGUCCUUGGAUCAGAUCUUCUACACCUGCCCAGAUCACAAUAAGGAUGGAACUGGUUGCCCAUUUUUCCUUUGGGAGGCAGGAUACAUCAACCACUUGGAGACAGAAGCAGCAAAAGAAAAGGCAGCUGGGAUGCAAUCUGAUGAAGUUACUGAGAGCCUUUUGGAGAAGAAUGUCGACCUAGGAAAUAGAGAUGCCACAGCUGUUGAAGUAGAGCAUGCCACAGCUGUUGAAGUAGAGCUUAGAACUUUGAUCAAUAUAGGAUAUGAUAUUGCAGGGCUCUUGAAAUGCAUUCUCUGUAUGUGCUUGAUAAUUGUAGUUGUGCAACUGUUGCUAGUGUUUGUUCAGAUGAAGAAGUGA